GGCCCCUCUCCCCCAUCACGUGGGCGGGGAAGGCGCCCUGCUCCCGGCGGAGCGCGGCUCGCUGCGCUUAGUUCAAACCUGCCGCGGAGCCGGGAGCGCGGCGAGCUCCGCGCCCCGCUCCCGCCCGCCCCACGCCGGCCAGCAGCGCCCCGGGUCCGCGGGCAGCCAGAGGCUGAGCGAUGAGUAGUGGCUGCAGCUCAGGGCCAGAGGCAUGGACCAGCCGGAAGGAAUGAUGUAGAAGAAUCUCCCUCCCUACCUUCUCCAGCCUGACCAUGUGGACGGAACCAGGCAUGGUUGAGACCCUACGCGGCUCAGCCCCUCUUAAUUUCUCAGAGAGGAGGAGGAGAAGAGCGAGGAAGAGGGAGAGAUUGAGACUCAAAGGCAGCUGCCAGAGAGGCGCCUGGCAGCUAACGUACUGAUCCCCAGCUGGUGCCGAUACAUGGGCACAGUCUAUGGGCGUUAUUUCUGCAUAGAGCCCACGUCCUCGCCUAGCUCUGGGUGCAGAGUCCCUGACUGGUUCCUGGCACCUUUACGGAGACAAAGAGCAAACAAGUGAACACAAAUCUCUAUGCCCAGAGUGUGGGUGCCCGAGUGCGAGGCUGGUUUGAGAAGGGCUCUGGGGACAUUUGUUGUGGGCUCCAGCAGGACCCUUUAUCCAAACAGCUGCAGAGCGCGGACAGAACUGGGACAUCAUGGUAGCCCAGAUGGGAGAGGACUGAGUGCCCACGCCUCCUUGCCAUGGAUCCAUGUCAGAAUGGCACAGCUGCUCUGAAAGGCUUGGGCUGCAAACCACAGACGGUGCUAAUUGGGAUCGUGCUCACUGUACUCAUUGUGGUCAUCGUCUGCGGCAAUGUGGUCGUCUGCCUGGCUGUCUCCUUCAACCGCAAGCUCCGCAGCCUGACAAACUGCUUCAUUGUCUCCUUGGCCGUUACGGACCUGCUGCUGGGCCUCCUGGUGCUCCCCUUCUCCGCCAUCUACGAGCUCACGUGCGAGUGGCACUUCGGCCCCACCUUGUGCAACAUCUACAUCAGCCUGGACGUCAUGCUGUGCACGGCCUCCAUCCUCAACCUCUUCAUGAUCAGCAUAGACCGCUACUACGCCAUCACAGCCCCGCUCCGCUACGCCCAGCUGGUCACCCCUCCGCGGGUGGCCGUGGCCAUGUUCGUCACAUGGGUGGUCUCACUGAUGGUCUCCUUCCUGCCCAUCCACCUGGGCUGGAACACCAACGGCACUGGUGUGCAGAACACAGGGUUGAGCAACAGCACGGAGUGCAAGCUGGCGGUCAACGCCGUGUAUGGGCUGGUGGACGCCUUGCUCACCUUCUACCUUCCCUUGGUCGUUAUGUGCAUCAUGUACUACCGGAUAUUCCGAAUCGCCAGGGAGCAAGCCAAGAGGAUCAACCACGCCACCUGCUGCAAGGCCGUCAGCCCUGCGCUGCUCACCGUGAAAGAGCACAAGGCCACCGUGACGCUAGCAGCCGUGCUGGGGGCAUUCAUCAUCUGCUGGUUCCCUUAUUUCACAGUGUUCACUUACCGAGGGAUGGAGGGGGACAAGGUGGAUGAGACGUCCCAGUCCAUAGUUUUAUGGCUGGGCUAUGCCAACUCAGCCCUGAACCCCAUCUUGUACGCUGCUCUGAACAGGGACUUCCGGACAGCCUACCAGCGCCUGUUCCACUGUCGAAGGGUGGGGCCCCUCUCCAGGAGCACUGCCCUCGCCCCCACGCAUCUGCCCCGCUCCCGGGGGAGAGCCCGCAAGCAAGCACUGAGCGUGCAGGAAGAUAAGCCUCUGAGGAUGCAGGUGAGGAACGGGAAGGAGAACUCACUCGCUCGAGAAGCCAUGGAAAGUGCCGUCUGCUGGAGGCUCUCGAUGUACUUUACCGACACUCUGAAUGAGCCUCGCAGGGAGGGGGUGAGUUCUCCUCUGCACGUUCAGGUCUGGCUACCCUUCAAAUGCUACAGCCGCUGCCAUGCGUCAGCGUAGGCAGGAGCUACGCCAAAAGAUGGGGGUGUCACGAGCUCUUGUUUCCGAUAAGCUGCUUUAACCACAAGCCCGCAGUGCUCCACGUGCAGGUUUCUAUUGCUGGUGAGUUCAAUCCACAAGCGAGUUCUGCUUAUGUUUCCAAGAAGAGUCCAGUACAAGAGUUCAUGCAAAUUAGGCCAUUUCUCAGCAUCUCUGACUCAGAGCCCCAUCCCGCACGCUGACCACCAUCACUCCCAUAUUGAUCCGGACGAGCAGUGGAAGGGGGGCCUGAGGCAGCGGUGCCUGGAAAGUCCUAAGGUUGCUGCAACCAGGAGAGGCUAGGGCAGGUUACCUUGCGAGGCUUCACCAAUGUGCGGGGCAGAGCCACAGCUGUGAGCUCUGAACCAGGCCCUGCCAGCUCCCCUGUUCCCCAGAGCCCGGGGAGGGGAGUCUAAGGGAUGGAGGGAGCGCUGAUCUUCCCACUCCUGUGAAAGAGAAAGAAAAAGGAAAGAAUGCAGCUUGUUUUCCUUCCUCGCUGCGAGUGAUUCCUGCUCCUUGCAGGCCUUUCAUCUGACCCCUGGACUGCAGCCCGAUAAGCGGCUCAGAAACGUUCCACCCAGCAGAUAGCGCGUACUCUCCCCGCCGCCUUUCCUGGGAGCACCAACAAAGGGCCGAUUCUUGGCUGUAUCCUGGCUGACGCUGGUGGUGCGGGAGCAGGUUUCCUAGCCCAUGGCUGGAGAGUAUCACUCCGGGGCCGUGCCCUGCCCCAGCCUCUGCCGGGAGUGGUGCUGCUCACCCCUGUCCCAGAGUGCUCCGUACACGUCCUCAAGCACCCACUGAAGGUACAAAAGGCUGGACCCAGCGAGGUAGCCUCGCAAAGAGACCCUGGAGGAGCAGCUGGUCCAAGCACCAGUGCCUCAUUGCUGAGAGCCCCAGGGCCCACUGCACCUGCUGUGAUUGUAGGACAUCCCCUUCCCACCGCCAGGCUCAGCCCAGUGCGGCCGUGCUCUCCUCUGGUCCCAGCUGGUACAGGCUCUUGCCUACAGCAAGCUCAACCUUUAGACGUCUGGAGUGGGGAUCUGCACCGGGUCUCCACUGCUGUGUAGUCAAAGCUCUGCAGCCUGACCUGCUUUACAGGGCUGGUUCUGGUGAGUGCCGGUUCUGACAGGCCGUCUUCCGCCAAGCAGAACUGGGAGAGGAAACUCUGCGUCCAGGCAAGGAGCACUCUGUUUAUUUGUAAUAGCUUCGUGAUUUUAAUUCGCUUGUUAAUUGUAACUUUGAUCGGUGCUUUUCCCUGGUACGAUUUGGGCAGAGCCCUCUGCAGUGCUGAGAGCAGGAGAGGGAAGGCAGGGCAGAGAGUCACAGACCUCGCAGCCAGGGGGAAGGGAGGUCCUCUGCCACCUGCAGUUGGUUAUUGGGAAGUCGCCUCCAAGGAGGAGCUGGAGGAGAAAGGUCAAGGCUCGCUCAUUUCCAUGGCCUUUUGAAAGCUGUGGGAGCAGCCAACUCCCAUUUCCCCUACUCCUGCCUGUCUCCUUUGCAGAUACCGGAUCCCAGCCUCCCUCUGUCUGGCCUAGUGGCCUUGCUCUGGGCCGUGGAGGCAGGCAGGUCUGGGUCCCUCUGCAUUCAUGGCUCUCCAUUGCGCACUAAGGUAACUAUUGAUAGCGAGGGGAAAGGGGAGGAGCUAUUCAGCAUCUCUCAACCCUUCAUUCCAGGAGAUCAAGUAGAUCUCAUCACAGAGGGAAAUAGGUUUGAAGCUUUUCCAUUGUUGAAUUCUCUUGGAGCAGGAUGGGGAGGCGUUUUCACUCCUGCUCAGGUAGCCGGGAGGCCUGGAUGCCAGGAAGCUGUCUGGGCUGGAUGGCUACAGACAGAUCUGAAAGGGGAUCAGGAUUGGAAAAUUCUGGCUACAUUUUCUUUUGAAAAUGAAGGUACCUGUUUAACACACAUGCUUACGCGUGUUUACACAGAGAGAGAGAGAGAGAGAGAGCACUGAUUUCAAUUACACAUACAUUCCCCUAGCCAGCAUUUGGCCUGAGCGUGAUGGGAACUAGCCCCAGUUGUAGGCAGAAGCGCAACAAAGGGAUUGCUAAAAGAAAAGGAACUGAGAUGCCAGAAAUCCCAAUUUUCCAGCCAAAAGAGGAGGGCAGGGAUAAAGAAACCCAAGUACCCUUGGGAAAGCAAAGUGAACUCUGCUCUCCCCAUGGCGUGAGAUUGGCAAGGACUCACUUCUCAGGAAAUUUUACUGGGCUAAGAAAAGCUCCUGCCAGCUGGGAGGAGAUUGGUUCCUGCUAACUGGAGCCGCCAGAGAGGCGGGGAAUGGAUAGUGCUGGUUUAUUUGCACGGGGAGAUGCUGCUCUUGAAAUAUGUGGAGGGUGUAGGACUAGCCUGGCUGGCUCUGAGACCUGACCUCGAUCCCUGGUAAAUUUCAGUGAGGCAGCAGCAGACCCAGGUUUCCUGGAUCACGAUGCAAAGGCUGGGUGUGAGCUCGGCUGCAGCCAGGUCGUGGUACUGUAGAGAUAUUAAUUAUUAUUUUGUGUCUGACCAGAGCAUCGUGAGAGGCCCCAGUGAGAUCAUAGCUCCAAGGUGCCAGGUUCUGGGAAGACAUGGAGUGAGAGACAGGCCCUGCCCUGAAGUGUUUAACAAAGUAUCAUUAUCCCCAUUGUAUAGAUGGGGAAGUGAGGCACAGUGAGAUUUGGUGAUUCACCAGGAGAGUCUUUGGCAGAGGCAGGGACUAAGCCUAGGGCCCCUGAGUCCCGGUCCAGCCCCCUGACAGACUCUCCCCUGAAGUAACAUAUUCUGGCCUGGUCUUCUCGAGUCUCUCUCCGGGUUAUCCCGGCAAGAGAGAGGAAAAGUGUCACCAUGAAAGCACCAGCUUGAAACUGACAGAGCAGCACUAGGGCCAUCCGCCAUCCCAGCCCGUUUAAAAUGCACCAUCGACCUCAACCAAGCUGCUGCCGAGUGAAGUGGUACGAUCGAUGUGAAACCACAAGAGGAGGAGCUGAGCCCAGACUCAACCUGCAGCUCGCUGCAUGGGAGAGCACUAGUCACGCUGGGUUUUCUCUUUUUCCCCCAUCCCAGGAGGGGUUCCCUUGAGCCCCACUCGCCCAUCCAGGGGCCUUCUCCACCUCCCCCUUACUGACAAAGAGGCUGCCUGGCUCUCUGGCGGUGGGAGGAAUGGACAGGGAGGGGCUGGUUCUCCCCUCGUUUCUCCCCACCCGUAGCAGGAGCAGCGGGCCCCAUCCGUGGCAGUACCUCCGUGUGGAAGGGGGUGAGCUCAGGAGCAGGGCUGGAGCCUCCAGAGCCCCAGCUCAGCACCCUACUGAGUGCCGCCAAGCCCUGCCAGCCUGGUCACUGUACUGCAGGCCCCCCUGUGUCUCGCCGGGGGUGCUCUAAGCUCGGGCGCAGCCCUGUGCUCCACUCCAAAUCUCCCAUCCCCCAGCUGCCCCAAUGACACCGCGGGGUGGGCCAGUACUGGGGCACUUGUUUUGGUACAUGCUAAGGCUGCAGGGCAGACAGGCUAGAGGCAGCCCACGAGGGGCCCUGACAGGGACCCCCCGCCAGCUCCACGGGUGGUAGAAAAGCCAGGUGUCGGGACGGGGGGAGCUGUUUGCAGAGCUAGGGCCAAUGGGCUGGGAUUUCUUGGCACAUUCUGUCGCAAUGGGGUAUGGCCCCCUCCCUCAAUAUGGUCCCAUCUCUCCCAGGCAUGGGGAGCUAAGGGGGGGCGAACCGAGGAUCAAAAGAAAACCCAGCAAUAGACUGGCAAAUGGCACCAAGUGCCAGUAAUAGCGAACAGUGAGCACAGGAGCCCCAAGGAGCUGUGGUCUCCUAGGAGGACGCUGCAGAGAGGGCCAGUUAUUAGCUGUGUUGGUGCCCCCUUCGAAGGGGAUGUGGGUCUUUCUGUCCUAAGCUGGGAGCCUGCUUCUUCCCAAGGGGGGGAAUUCCAUGGUGACAGACACCCGUGCCCCACUGCACCAGGGGGAGAUGCUCCAGCAGAGCUUGAAUGCUGCAAACGUCUCCCCGUCUCUGGGGGCUGCACUGCAGCGCCUGGCCUGGGAGAUGGGUGCAGAGCAGGGACCAGCAGCCCUGCAGGCACCCUCCCCACACCUUCUGUAUUGCAUGGAUGUUCAAAAGCCGGGUGGCAAUGUCUUGAUCUAGAAAGCACGGCCUGCACUGGAAACUGCACACUAAAGCCCCAGCAGCUGCAGCCCCAGGGUCAUUCUGAAUGGUCACCAAUGGUCGAAACCAGUAGUCCCCAAACUUCUUCGGCCGUGCCCCCCACUUACCCCAAUGGAAUCUGUCCGCACCCCCUGGGACCUGUGGUCACGAGUGUGGCUGGGAGCCAGGGCUGCAGCUGGGAGUGGGGCCACAGUCGGAGCCAGGAGCUAAGGUCGGGGGCUGGAGCUACAGCCAGGGCUGGGGGCAGGACAGGAGCCAGACCAGAGCUGGGGACUGGCCUUGGCCCCACCACACCCCACUAGGAGGGUGCACCCCCACAGUUUGGAGACCACUGGUCUAAACAGAUGCAACUCUGCUGACUUCAGUAGCAUAGAUAAAUUCAAGAACUAGAUAAAUUCCUGGAGGAUAGG